AAAAUAAUCGUUCGAUUAAUUCCCUCUGCAAUCUACCAGCGUCGACCACAGAUCAACCAGAACCCCUUCUUACACCACUUCACACAAAAUGUCUGACCAAACAUUCCAUACAACCACUCAGGAUAUCCGCAAGCCUGAAUCUAAGAUCUCCCAAGCCCACCAGGGAAACAUCCCUAAGAACUCAGAUGUCUCGGCUAUGAAGUCCCUCCUCAGCGAGAACACCGACAAGAAGCAGCAGAUUGAACAGACCAAGUCCAACCUGCCUCUACCUGAUCAGCCACCAGUCGCUAGCGACUGGAACUCAUUAGACCAGAGGACAGUCAACGUUGGCUCUGGCCGUCACCAGGCACCUGUUUCUGGCGAGGGCAACAGCGCUCUGAGAGAGCCCGCAACCGCUAGCAGCAGUGUCCGUCAAGAUGGAGACGAAUUGCACAAGCAAACCCAGCCACUGGGCAAUGUUGGGCGCCAGGGGAAGGACAACCUGAGUGAUCUUCCCAAGGAUGCCCUGGCACGGUAAUUUAUGAUUUUGGGAGUUUGAUGGAUCAUGGAUACCAGUCGUGGUAUAUGGGCGUUAUACAUCAUGAGCGCGAUGAUUUUGUAUUUUAGUAGCUAUUAACGCAUACAAAUACAUGAAAAGUAUAUCUGAGACGAUUCUA